CGUCCCUGAUCGCCCAGCCCCUCCGCAGCCCUAAUUAGGCCCACCUCAGCUCCGUCACAGCGGCUCCGGCCAUCUCGGGGAGACGUGCACCAUGGCCAUGGUUUUGGGUUAUUGGGACAUUCGCGGGCUGGCUCAUGCCAUCCGCCUGCUUCUGGAAUACACAGACUCAAACUAUGAGGAAAAGAAGUACAUUGAGGAGGACGCUCCGGACUAUGACAAAAGCCAUUGGCUGAAGGAGAAAUUCAAGCUGGGCCUGGACUUUCCCAAUCUGCCCUACUUAAUUGAUGGCCCUCACAAGAUCACCCAGAGUAACGCCAUCCUGCGCUACAUUGCCCGCAAGCACAACCUGUGUGGGGAGACAGAAGAGGAGAAGAUCCGCGUGGACAUCCUGGAGAACCAAGUUGUGGACUUUCGCAAUGAGCUGGCCAGCAUGUGCUACAACCCUGACUUUGUGAGUUCUUGUUGAGCUGGGCUAGGGCAGGGUCUGGAUCAGGAGAUGGGACUCUUUCAUUCCCAUCUGUACUUGUCCUGUGUGCCAUUUGAACUCCUUAGGCCUACAGAUUCUUCAAGGGGUCCCCUGUACUGACAGAGUGACC